AUCAAAGUGCAACACUUGUCACGGUGAGCAGAGUUGUUACUGGACUGUCACUUACUCCUCGGCACUGUCUGACAACCAUUACAGUCUUCCUCCACUCACACCUGUCACAACCCAUCAGCACUCGUGGUGGUUGAUACAUAUAACCUGUCUUAAUAUUCAUUACUGCUAGUGACUGUUGCUAUCUUCAUAAUUUACAGUGACUGGGGCCACCACCAUAACUGGCAGUGACUGGUGCUGCCGUCACAACUGUGAUUGGAAACAUCCACACAAUUGAUAGUGACUGGAGCUACCCUUACUAGCAGUAACUGGCGCCACCCUCAGUGACUGGUGCCACCCUCACAAGUGGCAGUGACUGGUGCCACCCUCACAAGUGGCAGUGACUGGUGCCACCCUCACAAGUGGCAGUGACUGGUGCCACCCUCACAAGUGACUGGUGCCACCCUCACAAGUGGCAGUGACUGGUGCCACCCUCACAAGUGGCAGUGACUGGUGCCACCCUCACAAGUGGCAGUGACUGGUGCCACCCUCACAAGUGGCAGUGACUGGUGCCACCCUCACAAGUGGCAGUGACUGGUGCCACCCUCACAAGUGGCAGUGACUGGUGCCACCCUCACAAGUGACAGGUGCCACCCUCACAAGUGACAGUGACUGGUCCCACCCUCACAAGUGGCAGUGACUGGUGCCACCCUCACAAGUGGCAGUGACUGGUGCCACCCUCACAAGUGGCAGUGACUGGUGCCACCCUCACAAGUGGCAGUGACUGGUGCCACCCUCACAAGUGGCAGUGACUGGUGCCACCCUCACAAGUGGCAGUGACUGGUGCCACCCUCACAAGAGGCAGUGGCAGGUGCCACCCUCACAAGUGGCAGUGACUGGUGCCACCCUCACAAGUGGCAGUGACUGGUGCCACCCUCACAAGUGGCAGUGACUGGUGCCACCCUCACAAGUGGCAGUGACUGGUGCCACCCUCACAAGUGGCAGUGACAGGUGCCACCCUCACAAGUGGCAGUGACUGGUGCCACCCUCACAAGAGGCAGUGACUGGUGCCACCCUCACGAACUGUCGACAAAGUGCCUUAAAAUUGAUGUCUAGAUAAGAAGCAAACAUGAGAGAGGCUGGAUUAAGAUGGAGGGAGGUGACCGUCGAGGUAGGUUGGGGCGUCGUGCGGGGCAAGACUUGUGUGGUGGGUGGAAGUGCCAGCGGUGACGGCCUCAAGAUAUUUUGUCUUCAUGGAUGGCUGGAUAAUGCUAACACCUUUGACACACUGGCGCCGCUGCUGCCCUCAGGAGUGGAGUUGCUAGCUAUAGACUUACCAGGCCAUGGUCUGUCAGAUCACCUGCCUCCAGGUAUGCAUUAUAGUGCCUUGACGGACCUUAUCAAUAUUCGGUUAGUAGCCAAGAAACUUGGGUGGUACAAGUUCGUAUUUUUAGCUCACAGCAUGGGCGCUCUUAUAGCUAACUACUAUACAGCUAUGUUCCCAGAGGAUAUAAUUGCACUUAUCCAGCUCGACUAUAUAAUCCCUCGUCACAACCAGGAUCGCAUUACCACUUGGCGAGCCGAGGUAAAUAUAGUCACUAAAGCAGAGGCAAAUGAGAAGGUUAGGCCUCUGUACACCAAGAAGGAGGCUUUACAGCGCCUCGUCAAUGCACGAAAAUCUGGACCAAAUAACGAGGAAGAGAACAUUGAUGAGGCUGCAGCCGAGAUACUACUGCCACGGUCAGCAAUCCGUAUUGGUGAUGAGUACAGAUGGCGCCAUGACAGUAAAGUAUAUGCCCGCUUUACUAUGCUAUACGGUAUGGACAACUGGCAUUUUGUUGUAACUAGAAUCACAUGUCCUGUACUUUUGUUGCGAGCUUCUAAUGGUAUUUGCAACUCGUUGCUUGAGCCAGUGUAUAGGAAAGUUUUAGACGGGUACUCUAGCAGUUCUCGACUGUUCCAAUACAGUUGUGUGGACGGAGCUCACCACGUCCACCUGACGCACCCGGAAAGAGUAGCACCUCUUGUGAAACACUUCCUGAAUAAUGUCGUUGCUUCACCCAGACAUGCAAUGUCCCCCAAAUUAUAGAAGCAGUGCUAAGGAGAGACUAGGAGACCGCAGCGAGUCCUUCUCAAAGGACUUUGGGUAAUCACUUCGUACUAAGAUGUGAAAUUGCAUGGUGUAACUUUGAUGAAUUUGGUUAUGUUGUCUAGAUAACAGCUGAGUAAUAGUAUAUUUUAUUCAGACAUCAAGACUUAUUUUUUACCAGCUUCUGCUAAAGAGUAUCGAUGAAAAAAUCAUAAGAAACAAAAUGACUGAAUUUGUUGAACUUUACCCACAGAAUAAAAUCUUACCAGGAAUCAAGGUAUGAUUAACAUCCAACCCUUGCGGAAACACGACUAUGAUCCACGAUCGCCUGCUGGGGGCUACGAUCACCACAGAUCAGGCCAAAACUCCAAAAUAAGGAACUAUUUUGAUUUUUUUUUAAAUCUAGUGAAAGAAUUAAAUUGUUACCACACCGAAAACACCGCCUGGUGACCAAUGACAAUGGUCACGUCUGCCAUACACCCGUAGCUGAUCAUGUUAAUAAGUCCUUCUGUCAAUAUUCUGCAGAAGAGAGACUAAUGUAUAUAUUUGAUAUCUUGUUGCUUAUUGAUUGCUUUCUCUAGUUAUUUUAUUAUUGUGAAGAAAGAAUGUCUAGGAGGUAGGAUUAUUUUGAGGAAAUAAUGAAUACAUUAAUACACAGAGGUAGCUUAACAUUAGUCAUACUGAUUGCAAUAAUUUAAUAAGUUGCAUAUAUUUGUAUACAUAUUGCAAAUGUUCAUAUAUUGCCUUAUGCAAAUUACAGUAGAAGCCCCUUGUAUUGAGGUCUGAUUCAAUUAAUUUUGAAUUCAAGUAAACAAUUUGUAAACUAAUAUUUUAAAAUUACUAUACGCCAUAGCAUGAUUCCGAAGUUAUUGUAAAUUGUUAAUUUUGUCAUAAGUUAACUCAAAUGUACUUUUAAUUAUUUUGAGUUAAUAAAGCAUAUGUAAACGUUA